CAUUAUCACAAGCGAAACAAUUAUUAGUAAGGAGUAGGAAGACUGAAGCAGCAGUUGCUGUUCCUAGCAUUCACACAAACGACAAUCAGUCAGUACAAUCGUCACAAGUUACACCAUUACUCGGACCUUCUCGGAACAAUAACAUAAAGCUUCCAGAAAUUCGAUUACCUAAGUUUGAUGGCAGAUAUGAACAAUGGCUGGAAUUUAAGGAUACAUUUGAGUCAUUGAUACAUCAAAACAACACAAUUGGUCAAAUUCAGAAGUUCCAUUAUUUACGAGCUUCAAUUGAAGGUAGCGCAUUACAGGUAAUUCAAGCACUUGAAUUUUCUGCUGAUAAUUACAUAUUGGCAUGGGAGUUGAUCUGCCAGCGAUUUGAUAAUAAACCUUUGCUAAUUAACAACCAUAUAGGGGCUCUACUCAAUCAAUCAACAAUAAAUAAUGAAUCUCAUAUUCAAUUACGUCAGUUGAUAGAUAAUGUUACUAAACAUUUAAGGUCAUUAGCAAAUCUUAAGCAACCAGUUGAGCAUUGGGACACACUCAUAAUCUAUAUCGUUGUUAACAAACUUGAUCAGGUAACCAGACGUGAAUGGGAAGAAAUUAAAAAACCGAAUAUUUUACAAUCUUUGGACGAUCUCAUGAACUUUUUAAGAAAUAGAGCAGAUCUAUUAGAAACCAUGUCAGCAAAAAACGCAACAUCAAAACCAAAGCCAAAUCAAGUGAAAUCCAAAGAGCAUACAUUCAACACAGUAAACAUUCAUUGCAUCUUCUGUAGGGGUCAACAUCACAUAUACAAUUGCAAGGAGUUUCUUCAGUUAACACCCCGAGAAAGAUCCGAAGCAGCACGAAAACACAAGUUGUGUAUAAAUUGUUUAAAAAUAGGACACAUUGCGAACGAUUGCAGGAGUGGUAAUUGUAAAAAAUGUAAUUCAAAACAUAACACUUUAUUACACUAUGAAACAAGUCGUCAACCUGGAGAUGUGGUUUGUUCAGCGUUUGAAACCAAAUCAUCUCAGGUAUUAAUUGCAACAGCAAUAAUUCAAAUUCCUAAUCAAGCAGGCGUACCUUUUUCAUGCAGAGCAAUACUAGACUCGGCGUCACAAUCAAAUUUUGUUACAAGAAGAUUAUUCAAAAAAUUGCAGUUACGAGGAUUUAGUAUAAAUAAAAUCAUUAGCGGCAUUUCACAAGCACCGAUAACAAUCAACAAACAGUGUUCUUUUACAAUAAAUUCAUGUCAUAAUAAUUAUAAUACUAACAUUUCAGCUCUAAUUAUUGAUGAGAUCAGUAAUGAUUUACCCACACAAACAAUAGAUAAAAAUUCAUUACGAAUUCCAUCUCAUCUUAGAUUGGCUGACCCACGAUUUCACGAACCAGGAAAGAUUGACAUUCUUCUUGGAGCAUCAGUGUUUUGGGAGCUAUUAUCAGUAGGACAAGUCAAGCUAUCUGAAAAUUUGACUUUACAAAAAACUAGAAUUGGAUGGGUUGUGACGGGAACAGCAACAACUUCAAUGACAACGCCAUUACAAUGUCAUUUCAUCAAAACUGAUCCAAUAGCAAAUCAAUUGGAACGUUUUUGGAAAAUCGAGGAACGUACAAUGGACAAGAUCAUUUCAGCAGAAGAUAAAAAAUGUGAAGAGUUGUUUCAGAAAUCUGUUACAAGAUUCAACGAUGGAAAAUUCAUGGUCCAAAUGCCAUUAAAGGAAUCACCUGAGAAACUGGGUGAAUCGAAAUUAUCAGCUUUACAUAGAUUGCAAGCCUUGGAAAAACGAUUCAAAGGUAAUCAAAGAUUUAAACAAACUUAUCAAGAAUUUAUGACUGAGUACAAUGAUAUGAACCACAUGUCAGAGUGUGAAGAGGAUGACAAUGGAUAUUCUUUUUAUCUACCACAUCAUGGAGUGUUUAAUCAAAACAGUCAAACUACCAAGUUGCGUGUGGUGUUCGAUGGCUCAGCAAAAUCUGAUUCCGGCUGGUCAUUAAAUGAACUACAGUACAUUGGUCCAACAAUUCAAGAUGAAUUGUUCUCAAUAGUUGUUCGUUUUAGAUUCUAUAGAUAUGCGGUAUGUGCAGACAUAAAAAAGAUGUACCGGCAGAUCUGGAUUGAACCGUUACAAAGGAAUUUGCAGAAGAUUUUGUGGAGAAAUGAAUCUGAUGAACCAAUCAAAACAUACAAACUAAACACCGUUACUUAUGGCACAACGAGUGCACCAUUUCUGGCUGUUAGAUGUUUGAAACAAUUAUCAAUCGAGACCAGGAAACAACAUCCAGAGGCAUCAAGAGUAAUAGCAUCCGACUUCUACGUGGAUGAUUUGAUCACAGGUGGAGAUUCAAUAAGAGAAACAUCAAAGGUAAUAAAGGAAAUUAUUUCGAUUUUGAGUUCAGCAAAGUUCGAGUUACACAAAUGGAUUUCUAACAGUGAGCAUCUCUUGAAUGAAAUUCUUGUUGAGCCAAACAGAAAUGAUGCUGUCAAAAUUAGUGAUGGAGAAUCAUCAAAAACAUUAGGGUUAUAUUGGUCAUGCAAAUCAGAUUACUUGUUUUUUAAAAUUGGAGAAUUACAACAACAAAUAAUCACAAAGAGAUCGAUUUUAUCAGAUAUUGCCCAGAUCUUUGAUCCAUUAGGAUUGUUGAGUCCUUGUGUUAUUAUUUCAAAAAUGAUUUUACAGAGAUUGUGGCAAGAAAAGUUGUCUUGGGACGAAUCACUUCCAUUAGAGAUACACUCAAAAUGGGAUACGUUUAGAAGUGAGUUGUCAAUAUUAAACACGGCAACUGUUCAAAGAUAUAUAUCUCAAGGUAAAAUAAAGACAGUAGAAUUACAUGGCUUUGCAGAUGCAUCUCAGGAAGCAUACGGAGCAUGUAUAUACGUUCGAAGUGUCAACACAUAUGAUCAAGUUUGCGUCCAUCUACUUUGUGCUAAAACAAGGGUGGCACCAAUAAAACCAUUGACAACACCACGAUUGGAAUUAUGCGGGUGUCUCAUUCUAGCUCAAUUAAUGAAUAAAAUAAUAUCAUCAUUGAGAAUUGAUAUAGAAACCUGUUAUCUUUGGUCGGAUUCAUCUGUUGCAUUACAUUGGAUAAAAACACCGGCUAAUCUUUUGCAGACAUUUGUGGGAAAUAGAGUGUUACAAAUACAAGAGCUUACUCAACCAAAUGAUUGGUAUCAUGUAAACACUAAAGAAAAUCCAGCAGAUUUAUUAUCAAGAGGAGUUAACCCUAAAGAUUUAAUUAACAACUCAUUAUGGUGGCACGGACCUGAUUGGUUGAUGAACGAUAAAAUUAAGUUUGAAGGUAAACUUCCAGAGUUAAAAUCAAAUGUUUCAGUUUUAAUAAGUCAAAUUAAAACUAAUGUGAUAGAAUUUCAAAGAUUUUCCAAUUACAACCGUUUGCAGCGUUCAGUCGCUUACUGUUUGAGAUUUGUUUCAAAUUGUCAAAUGGAAAAACAAAACCGAGAGUUUGGUUCUUUAACACCAACGGAAAUAUCUAAGGCUACGGAAGUGAUCUUAAAAUUGAGUCAAAUCGAUUGUUUUUCUGAAGAAAUUAAACAACUACAAGUAGGAAACAGUAUUCGCAAGGGAUCUUUACAACAUUUAAACCCAUUUAUAGAUGCGAAUGGAUUAAUACGUGUUGGGGGAAGACUAACAAAUUCUAAGUUCGAUUACGAGAAAAGGCAUCCAAUUGUUAUGUCAAGUAAACACCCAGCUGUAGUUUUGAUUUUUAGAUAUUAUCAUAUUAAAUUCAUGCACAUAGGAUCUCAACAGUUGUUAGCAUUAAUAAGAGAUCAAUAUUGGCCUAUAUCAGGUAGAAAUUUGGCACGCAUAACAACAAAGAAAUGCGUUACAUGUUUUAAGACUAAACCUAUUAACAGCAUAUUUCUGAUAAUGGGUUCUUUACCGGAGCAACGAGUAACGCCGACUUUUCCAUUUAAUUCUGUAGGAAUAGACUAUACAGGCGCAUUCACCAUAAAGGAUAGAAAAGGCAGAGGUAGUAAAACAUCAAAAUGUUAUAUAUGUCUCUUUAUUUGCUUGUCUACCAAGUCGAUUCACUUGGAACUUGUUACUGAUUUGAGUACUGAUUCAUUUUUGCUGGCAUUGAGAAGAUUUGUGGCACGAAGAGGAAAACCUAGCCAUAUUUUUUCCGAUAAUGGAACAAAUUUUGUUGGUGCAAAUAAGGAAUUGCAGCAGUUAGCAACAAUGCUCAAUGAUAACACUCAAACGAUUGCUGAUAAAUUACACAACGAUGGUAUAGUUUGGCAUUUUAUACCAACAUAUGCACCACAUUUUGGAGGGUUGUGGGAAGCGGGCGUCAAAUCAACCAAAUACCAUUUAAAAAGAGUAUUGAAUCUGAGGUUGUUGACGUUUGAGCAAUUUUAUACCGUGAUUGUGCAGAUCGAGGCCAUUUUAAACUCGCGUCCUCUUGCACCAAUGUCGUGUGAUCCUAAUGAUUUCACAGCUUUGACUCCAUCCCAUUUCCUAAUCGGACGUCCUCUUCUUUCCUUACCGGACCCGAAUUUAAUUCAUAUCACAGAGAACCGCCUAGGUAACUUUCAAUAUCUACAACAAGUCCAACAACAUUUUUGGAGAAGAUGGGCUAAGGAAUACAUUUCCGAAUUGCAACAACGACAGAAAUGGAAAGUGAAUUAUGGAUCUUUGAAAUUGGGGGAUUUGGUGAUAUUGAAGGAAGAUAACUUACCACCAUUGUUAUGGAAACUUGGUCGUAUAUCUCAGCUUUUCCCUGGAAAGGACGAAAUUCCACGAGUUGCGUUGAUUCGCACCUCCACUGAUGAGAGAAAGCGUGAUUUUACAAGAAUAUGUCCAUUGCCUAUUGAAACUGAAAAGUGA